GAAAAGCAGGCACGAAGAUUUUAUAUUACCAGUAUUGUAUGUCCUUACUGAGUCAGAUGUUUUCCCUCUAUUUUUAAUAUUUUCAUUUAUAUUAUUAAACUUCGUUACUAAUUAGAUUUUUGUAUAUUGGGAAUCAACACAUUAAAGAGGUCAUGUUUACAGAAUAAAAAAAUAUUUUCACAAUAUUAAAAAGUGCAAAAUUUGCAUUAAAAAAUAUGAAGUAUGUUAUUCUGAAAUAUACUAAUAUCCCUAUUUAGCAAGCGAAAAGUUAAAAUACAUCAACAGUAGUUUUGCUAAAAUAAUGAAGAUUUAUUAUUUAUUUUUUCUUAUAUUUAAACAAUCAAAUUGUUGGGAUUUGAGUAGUUUAAACGUAAAUAAUAAUUAUUAUGUAAAUAGUGUAGCUGUGCAUCGAUCAAGAGCUUUUUUGGCACUACCAAGAAGUGCGUGUUCAAAUAAAGAAAGUGACCCAACUUUAAUAGAGGUCCACUGGAAUGGGGAUGCAUUUAAUCAUUUUCCUAAUAACAGACCUAAAAUCGUGUCGUCCCAAAAUUGGAACGACUGCGAAAGUAUCCAAGAUGCAAUUUCGCUGGAAAUGGAACCCAUAAAACCGAAACUUUGGAUUUUAGAUAAAGGAAACGACAAAUGUUUGCCAAAAGUUUUGUCAUACAGUUUAGUUUUUAAUAAUAUAGCUGAAAGUACGGAGCUUUCGAAAAUUGAUGGGACAAAUUUGAAUAUUUUGGUAAUCGACCCAUUUCUUGAGGAUGAAUUAGGACAUAGAGCGUAUAUAGGAAAUGUUGAGGAACACGUUUUAUUAAUAUUUUCUUUAAGAAAGCUAAUAUGGUGGAAAAUUUAUUUAUCAGAGCCAAGCAUAUUUUCCAUUCCAAUUCGAACAGAUUUUUUGGCUAUUUCUAAAGUCAGUCCUGAAUUGUUCAUAACUGGAAAAGACCAAUUGGAUGUAUUUAGCCUGAAUCUGGAACCAAUCAGACAAAUGGAAGAACCAUUGGCGUAUGAAGUAGAGGACAUUUUGUUGUUAUAUAAUGCUACACAUAGAGGCGAGAAAUUAGCUACCUCCACUGGAAUUGUAUCAGAUAGUGAUUCAGGGCUUACAUAUUUCAUGGAAAAGGAUUAUGCUAUUGUAAGAUGGGAUACAAGACUUCCCCUACAAGCAGAAUACCAUCAAGUACUUUUCCAAUCUUACCAAAACUUUCCAUAUAUAUCGGGAUUCUUGACAGAUUAUCAAGAUUCUAUUUGGGCGUUGGUGAAUCCAGUGAGUCCCAUGGAAUGCGAUAAUACAGAUAUUCUAACUCUGGAUGCUAGAGCAGUUCGAAUUUUAAAAUACAAUAAAUUUACGAAAGAGAUAGAAAUAGAGCAAAUAGAUACAGAGUUACAGUCAAGUGAUCAUUCUGGAUUAGAAACAAUCAAAGUGCAAGAGUCAGAUAUUCAAAGUGAUAUUGAAAAUAAAGAAUUUAAAGAUGUUGAAAAUACAGUUAACGAAAAUGAAAGCAAAAACGAAGAAGAAAUCGAGGACAACAGCGUAGGUGAAGAACAAAUUGGAGAAAUAUUUGAAAAACCAAAUGAAUCGGUCCUUGAAACAGUUAUGAAGUUAGAUCAAAUGACAGAAUCAGAAUUGGAAAAAGCAUUUAUGAAUUCCGAUCUGGAAUCAGAUUUAAUUCAAAAUAUAAAUAAAAAAGCUAAAUAUAUAAAAUAUGACAAUGAAGAAGUUAAAGGAGAACACAAAGAAAUUAAAAAAGACAAAAAGCUUGAAAAAUACGAUAAAGCAAUUGACGAAGAAGACAAAGAUGUUACAGAAGAAGAUGAAGAGAUUGAAGAAGAAGAGGCAUCAAUGUCUAAAAAUGGAGAACUCGCUUCAGAAGAAGAACCAGAAUUGAUAAAGCCAAAACAAGCGCCAGAGACAAAUAUGGACAUAAAUGCCGAUAUUGGGAAAAAUAAAGAAAUUGAAGAUGAACCAAAAGAGGACUUUGAGGAAAAAGAAGAUCCAUCAAAUGAAACUGUAUAUUUAAAAAAAGAUUACAAAAAGUUGCCCCAUAAAAAUUUGGUAAAACAUUUAGUAGAAGCCGAAAUUGAAAAAGAUGCUUUAACAAAAAAUACUGAAGAUUAUUACGACGAUAAUGAUGAAAAAGCAGAUGAGGAAGUGGAAGAAAUAGGAGAAGAAGAAGAAGAAGAAGAAGAAGACAGAAUAAUUGAACAAGAGAUGGAGACUCCUACUGGGAAAAUUACAGAGUUAGAUUUUGUACAACAAGAGCCUAUCUUAGCGUCAACAUAUAAAUCAAAAACAGAAUCAGAGGUAAAUGAACAAACAGAAAGUGAAGAAAAUGAUGAUAUGGAGAGACAAAAAGAUACGAAUACAGAAUCGGUACACGAGUCAGAGCUAGACGAAGAUGAGGACUAUGGCCAAAGCUUUGAAUCUCUAGCUCAACCAGAUCUAGUAGACUACUCAGAGUCUGAUUCAGAAUAACAUAAUAAAUAGAUUUACUUACUACGAAGUGGUUUUUAUUUACUAUUUCUAUAAAUAAAAUCAAAUUCAUAAUUUUAUCCCUUGAAAAUAAUUUUAAUUAUUUUAUACCCACACGGGUACGAA